CCCCUCGGCGUCCACAGCCACUCCCGGGCCGCCCGCGCGGGACGCGACCCCUCGGGAGGAGCCGGAUCGCACCGAGAGAGCCAGCGGCGUGCUGUCCUCUCCCGCUUUGCUCGCCUUGUCUCUUCGCAUCUGCUUAUUUAUCUUGCUACCGUCACUACUACUGUUCCGCUCAGAGAUCCUAACGCCAGUUACCCAGAUAAACACAAGGACCCAUUCAGAAGCUGUCGGGAAGUCGGGUUUCAGAAGCGCUUCCCAGCAGCGAGAGUCCGCGUGGUUCAUGACAGCGAAAGUCCCGUUCUUCCAGCUGGAGAUCAGCUCGGCGGAGAGUUUCAGGAGUUUAAACAUAAGCGUUAAGCUCCCUCGUGUUUCACCUCGCCUCCCCUGGGUGGGAUAUGAGCCUCUUCCUCCAACAAUUGGACGGAAUAUUUUUGGGCGGCAAGUGUGUCAGCUUCCUGGUCUCUUCAGUUACGCUCAGCACAUUGCAAGCAUCGAUGGGAGGCGUGGGCUGUUCACUGGCUUAACUCCAAGACUCUGUUCGGGAGUCCUUGGAACUGUGGUCCAUGGUAAAGUUUUACAGCAUUACCAGGAUGGGGAGAAGCCUGAGGAAUCGAACUCCAACUUGGGCCCUUGCAUUUUCAAGGAAUCAGGGCCUGGAAGUGCACAGAAAGAAGGCUCGCCCUCCUUUGACCAAGUUAUCAAAGAGACAACCCGAGAGAUGAUCGCUCGCUCCGCUGCUACCCUCAUCACGCACCCUUUCCACGUCAUCACUCUGAGAUCGAUGGUACAGUUCAUAGGAAGAGAAUCCAAGUACUGCGGGCUCUGUGACUCCAUAGUGACCAUCUACCGAGAAGAGGGCCUCCUGGGAUUCUUCGCGGGUCUGAUUCCUCGCCUGCUGGGGGACAUCAUUUCUCUGUGGCUGUGCAACUCGCUGGCCUACCUCGUCAACACCUACGCACUGGACAGCGGGGUUUCCACCAUGAAUGAAAUGAAGAGUUAUUCCCAAGCUGUCACAGGAUUCUUCGCCAGCAUGCUCACCUACCCCUUCGUGCUCGUGUCCAACCUCAUGGCCGUCAACAACUGCGGGCUGGCCGGGGGGUCCCCUCCCUACUCCCCGCUCUACUCGUCCUGGAUAGACUGCUGGUGCACGCUGCAGAAGGAGGGAAACAUGAGCCGAGGGAACAGCUUGUUUUUCCGGAAGGUCCCCUUUGGGAAGACGUACUGCUGCGACCUGAGGAUGCUGAUCUGAGGGUGCGAGGCAGGGACAGUGACAUUUCUGUAGUCCCAGACGCACAGAAUGAUGGGCGAGAAUGUUGAUUUCUAUACGGUGUGGCGCGUUUUUUAAUAAUCACUUGAUCUUGGGAAACGGA